AAUGGGCGGCGGCGGGAGGGGCGGGGCUCGCUCCGCGCUCCGCCAUGGCCGCCCCGCUGCGAGCGCUCCUGCGCCCCGCUGCCGCCGCCGCCGCCGCCGCCGCGCUCCCCCGAGCGCGCCUCCCGCCGCCGCUCCGCGCCCCCAGCGGCGCACGGGGCUGCAGCGCCGGGGCCGCAUUCCAGUACCUGCUGGUACAGAAGACGGGAGCACAGAAGAACGUGGGGCUGAUCCAGCUGAACCGGCCGCAGGCGCUCAAUGCGCUCUGCGAGGGGCUCAUGGCAGAAUUGCGGCGGGCGCUGGAGGCCAUGGAGAACGACCCGGAGGUGGGAGCCAUCGUCCUCACCGGCAGCCAGAAAGCCUUUGCAGCUGGCGCAGACAUCAAGGAGAUGCAGAAUAAAACUUUCCAGGAGUGCUACAAUAGUGGCUUCCUUGCCGGGUGGGACAAAGUCUCCGUUGUCCGCAAACCCAUCAUCGCCGCCGUCAAUGGCUACGCCCUGGGAGGCGGCUGCGAGCUGGCCAUGAUGUGCGACAUCAUCUACGCCGGGGAGAAGGCGCAGUUCGGGCAACCCGAAAUCCUGCUGGGAACCAUCCCAGGUGCCGGCGGGACGCAGAGGCUGACCAGGGCAGUGGGGAAGUCGCUGGCGAUGGAGAUGGUGCUCACCGGGGACCGGAUUUCAGCAAAGGAGGCAAAGGAGGCAGGUCUGGUCAGCAAGAUCUACCCUGUGGAGAAGCUGCUGGACGCAGCCAUCGCCUGUGCUGAGAAGAUUGCCAGCAACUCCAAGCUGGUGGCUGCCAUGGCAAAGGAAUCAGUCAAUGCUGCCUUUGAAACGACGCUGACAGAGGGGAACAGGACAGAGAAGCGCCUCUUUUACGCCACCUUUGCCACCAGUGACCGCAAGGAGGGGAUGACAGCAUUCGUGGAGAAGCGCAAGGCCAACUUCACUGACAGCUGAGCCCAAGAGAUGCAGGUCCCUGGGGUGGUGCAGGUCCCCACGGCCUCCUGCAGCCCGCCCACCCCCUGCCUUACCCCGCAGAGGGGACCGGGACCCGUCGGCGAGCAAUACGUGUUUGGGGUGACAGCCAGCAGUGGGGACCACCUCUGCCUUCGCUAUUAAAGAGUUUUCUAGGUGCUGCUGGGA